GCAGUCCGCGAAGCUCCGACGGCGUGUAGGGAACGGCGGCCGGAAAGGCAGCGCCGGCGGCUGCAGAACAAGCAUCGCAGGCAAUACAAUAGAGGCAACUACUGUAGGGAACCCUUGGUUCUCUCUCGUAAACACACUCCCCUUCACUGUCACCUCCUCCUCCGCGCCGUGCGCAGUCCUGCCUGGCGCCAGAGGCCGCUCGAACUGCUAUGUAACCGGGAGACUGCGGGAGGAAGGGGACUGGGGAGAAGAGGAUCUCCCGCCGUAGCCCCUGGGAACCAAGUUGGCAGCCACUUCAGUAAGAGCUAUCCCUUAGAUUUCCUCCGCCCGUUCCAGGAACCAAAGCCGGCCGGGAUCUCCUUCGCUUCUCAGGCUCCCAGCAGCCGCGGUUCCCCGCGACCAUGGUGACGGUAGAAAAGCUGCAGGAGAUGGACUGCAGCGUGCUCAAAAGACUGAUGAACCGGGACGAGAGCGGCGGUGGCGCGGGAGGCAGCGGCAACCACGGCGCUCUGGGUCUGCUGAGUGGCGGCAAGUGCCUGCUGCUGGACUGCAGACCGUUCUUGGCUCACAGCGCCGGCUACAUCCGAGGCUCGGUCAAUGUUCGCUGCAACACCAUCGUGCGGCGGCGGGCCAAGGGCUCCGUGAGCCUGGAGCAGAUCCUGCCCGCCGAGGAGGAGGUGCGCGCUCGCCUGCGCUCCGGCCUCUAUUCGGCGGUCAUAGUCUACGAUGAGCGCAGCCCGCGCGCCGAGAGCCUCCGGGAAGACAGCACCGUGUCACUGGUGGUGCAGGCGUUGCGUCGUAACGCCGAGCGUACAGACAUCUGCCUGCUCAAAGGUGGCUAUGAGCGGUUUUCCUCCGAGUACCCAGAAUUCUGCUCCAAAACCAAGGCCCUGGCAGCCAUCCCACCCCCAGUGCCCACAAGUACAAUGGAGUCCUUGGAUCUGGGCUGCACCUCCUGUGGAACCCCACUGCACGACCAGGGAGGUCCUGUGGAGAUCCUUCCCUUCCUCUACCUCGGCAGUGCCUACCACGCUGCCCGGAGAGACAUGCUGGACGCCCUGGGCAUCACGGCCCUGUUGAAUGUCUCCUCAGACUGCCCCAACCACUUUGAAGGAUACUUUCAAUACAAGUGCAUUCCAGUGGAAGAUAACCACAAGGCUGACAUCAGCUCCUGGUUCAUGGAAGCCAUUGAGUAUAUCGAUGCGGUGAAGGACUGCCGUGGACGGGUGCUGGUGCACUGCCAGGCGGGCAUCUCACGCUCUGCUACCAUCUGCCUGGCCUAUCUGAUGAUGAAGAAGAGGGUGAGGCUGGAGGAGGCAUUUGAGUUUGUCAAGCAGCGCCGGAGCAUCAUCUCGCCCAACUUCAGCUUCAUGGGGCAGCUGCUGCAGUUCGAGUCCCAGGUGCUGACCACCUCCUGUGCUGUGGAGGCUGCUAGCCCCUCGGGGCCCCUGCGGGAGCGGGGAAAAACCACCCCCACCCCCACCUCUCAGUUUGUCUUCAGCUUCCCAGUCUCUGUGGGGGUGCACUCGGCCCCCAGCAGCCUGCCAUACCUGCACAGCCCCAUCACCACCUCCCCCAGCUGUUAGGGUCACUCUUGGAGUCCCCAGAACAAGAGUCAGCUUUCAGCAAGAGUUGGGUGGGCCCAUGUGUGGCUGCAAGUUGGAACUGACUAGCGGGGGGCAGGUGACCAAGCUCCUUCCCCAUCCACUUCUCCUUGGCCAUCCUCGGGGCCAGCAAGAAUGGCAAUAAGGACUUUGAAUACAUAUUAAAAGCAAACAAACAAAACACUCCAACUUAGAGCAAUAAUGGCUGUCUAUGCAGCCAGGGAAGACCUUGGUUUGGUUUGUGUUGUCAGUUUUACUUUUAAGAUAGAAAUUUCUUACCUCAUUUUUUUAAGCAUAAGGCUUGAAGUUAUGAAAUCCACAGAUCCUGGCAAAUGUGUCCAACCAGUUUUAUUGGGGGAGGGGGGUGGACAAGGGAUAAAAAACAAACCACUUUCCCAGAAGUGCCUGGAUUUGUGUUCUUGUUACUUUUUUGUUGUUACAGUACAGGAAUUUUGUUUU